AUGGGCGCGUCCAAGGAGGUCGAGAGCCUCGCGGCGCGGCUGGAGGACUUUCCAGGCUUUGAUGAGAUGCGCGCGGGCUCCGCCGCGGGCUCGUCCUGCGGCGAAACCCCGAUGAAGGACGGCGGCGGGCGCGGUCCGCCCGAUAUCGUGGUCGCGUCCGAUUUGGUCCGCUCCGAGUCAGACGACGUCUCCGAUUUCCAGGACGCGACGCUCGUGGAAAUCAUGCGCGAGCGCAUCCAGGAGCUGGAACGCGAGAACGUCGCGCUCCGAUGGCGCGAGCGCACCGCGGAGGCGCGCAUCGAGGCGGAGAUCGCGAAGGCGGCCACCACGGCCGCGGAGCUCGCCGCGGAGAAUUCCCACGCCGAGCUCGAGCGACGCCUCGAGUCCAUGGCGCACGCGCUGGACAUCGAGCGCCAGCGCCGCCAGACCGCCGAACGCGACGCCGACCUCGCGCGCGGCGUCGGCGAGGAGGCGACGCGCGCGCGGAGGGACGAGCUCGACGCCGCCGUCGCCGCGGCGGUGACGCGCGAGCGCGAGCGAUCGGCGCAGACGCUCCGACGAGCCGCGGAAGCCGCCGUCGACGCCACCGUCCAACGCGAGCCGUCGUCGAAGGAACAGGAGCUCGCGCUGGAGGAGCUCAGGAACGAGCUGGUGGAGUCGCAAAGGCAGCUGGUGCGCGCGAGGGAGGACGCGGUGGCGGCGGCGACGAGGAACGUCGGCGCCGCCAUCGUAGCCGACGCGUUGAAAUCCGCGCAAUCCAUCGGCGCCGACGAUUCGACGCGAGAACUCCUCGCCGACGUCGACGAGCUCGGCGCGGCGAUGCGCGCGUACACCGCCGCGUCCGCCUCGCUCGCGACGCCACAGACGCGCAAGGUGGACGGGGACGAGGAGAUCGCGCUGGCGCGUGAACUCCUCCUCGACGUCCCGUCGCUGGCGCCGUUGAUGCGCGAGGGGAAACGAGCAGACGUCCUCGCGACGUUCGCUCGCGUCCGCGUGUGCGUCCCGGGCGAGUCCCUGUUCCCCGUAACGCCCGUAACGCCCGUACAGGCGGGCGGCGACACCCCGGGAGGCGGGAGCGGCGUGGACAUGUACAUCGUCGCCGAGGGAUCCGUCGAGAUCGCGCCGGUGGCGGUGAACCCCUUCGACGACGUCGCGACGCGGCUGGCGUCCUCCGGCGUCGUCGUUCCCCGCACCUACGUGGCGCACCCCGGCGACGUCAUCGGCGAGGUGGCCGCCGUCGUCGACGCGCUCGCGGGUAUACGCACGAGGGCGUCGCUCCCAAACGGUGUUGGGCUCGUCGCGGGCGAGGACCUUCCGCGACGCGCCCCCGCUCGAGCGACGUGUUCAAACGACGGACCCGCGCGACUCUUCGUGAUCAACUCGAGGGACGUGGAGCGGGUGUUGGUGUUCGGCGGGUCGUCGUCGUUCGCGGAGGUACAGGGCGGGGAACGGUCCAUCGUGGGGACGCUGCACGCCGCCGUCGCGACGCGGCUCGCGGAGCUCGAGGCGAGCGCCAACAUGUCCGUCGACGGAGUCGGCGGCGGGGGAGGAAAGGGGGGGGGAAUCGGAGUGCCAGCCGGCGGGGGUUCUCAUCCCGCUCCACGGCGCGCGCGCGCGGAUCUCAACGCGCCCACCACCGCCCGCGACGCGCGGUACCCGCUGGGCGUGCGCUGGUCCGAAGAGCAGCUCAGGGCGGCGGGGCUGCGGCGCACAGCUGGCGCGUUGGAGCGCGUGGGCGAAGACGACGGGAACGCAGCCGGAAAAGACGCGAUUGCGGAUGCGAGGGAGACGGUGGCGAAGGUGAGCAAGAGCCUGCGAGCCGCCGCGGCGAGGCUCCGGGAGCGACGGUUCAGGUCGUUGGCUCAGUGA